AUGACGGGGGAGGAUGUGAUAUUUCGCCUACCUCCGGAUAGCACCCCUGCUCUGACCCAGCCGUGGCCCCCCAACCGCCGACGUGUGCUGGGGGUUAAUUGGGACGCAGCAGGAGCAGAGUCAAGGUCCAUCACUGUUGUCUCCUCUGUGCUCAGGGUGGCUGGUCCUGGUCCAGGGGCCGUCCUGGCAGGUGGAGUUUUUGCAGUGUCCAGGCUGGUAUGGCAGUGGUCGGUCGUGGCUGAAGUCUUUUCUCUUAACAACUUGUUUGUGGGCGUCCUUUUCUCACUCUCGGCCUGCUUCCACUGUGCAGAGAGUGUUCAUCACAAGAAGAAGUUUGCUCUGUGGGGGGCGCUCUUCUGUGGGCUGAGCCUGUGUAAUCAGCACACACUGGUCUUGUAUGUUGUCAUCAUAAUUCCCUGGGCCCUCCUGCACCUCUACACUCAUAACGGUUUGUCCUUCUUUGGUCUGGUGUCUUUGGGGACGUGCUUUCUGGCUGGCUUUGUGCCCUACGUCUACUUGCCCAUUUCCUCCUACCUCAACAGAGCUCGCUGGAGCUGGGGAGACCAGACGUCUCUCCACGGCCUCCUCACACACCUGCUCCGAGCUGAAUAUGGCACCUUCAGCCUGGCAAAGACGGAUGAAAACUCGAACCUCCUAAAAAUGUUAUGGGCUCAGUGGAAUCACUGUGUGAAUGAUCUGUCUACUCUAGUACUAGUGCUGGCACUUCUAGGCAUUUUACUGUCUUUGUGGAACAGACUGCGCUGUGUUUUUAUUGGCUUGAUUGUCACUAUGGUGAGCACCUACUCCGUGUUCUUUGCCUGGAGAGCAAACCUGAAUAUCGAGAAGCCUCUUCUGCUGGGAGUGGUGGAGCGCUUCUGGCUGCAGGCUGAUGCUGGGGUGUGUGUUCUGGCUGGUCUGGGUCUGAGCUGGGCCGUGUGUUGGCUGAAUGGCCGUCUGGGCUGGGGGACGCUGUGGAACACAGGAGCCUGGAUACUCACUGCAGGCCUCAUCUCACACAUGAUCAGCUUAAACCACAAAGAGUGUGAUCAGAGCGCUAAUGACGUGGUGGACAGGUUUGCCCGUGAGGUUGUGUUGUCACUGCCGGCGAGCUCGUUGGUUCUGACUCGUGGUGAUCUCCCAGGAAACACACUGCGCUACCUGCACUACUGCCAGGGUCUCCGGCCAGACCUCAGCCUUGUUGACCAGGAGAUGAUGACGUAUAGCUGGUAUGUGGCAAAACUCCAGAAGCAUUUACCUGGAGUCACGUUUCCAGGGCGCUGGUGGGAUCCAAUCAACACCAUGGAAAAGAAAACAUUCAGCAUUGAGCAGUUUCUCAAGCACAAUAUGCACAGGCCAGUGUUUGCAUGUAUUGGCCUUACUGAGGGUGACCCCAGCUGGGAGAGGAGUUUCUCUCGUUGGCCCUGGGGCGUCUGUGAGCAGUUAGUACCUGUCAAAACCCCAUUUGACCCUGAAAAAUGGGCCCAAAAAACACUUAACCUUUACAACUGGAGCCAGCCACAUGACAGCUUCCACCCUGGCUCCUGGGAGAGAGUUGCCAAUGAGGAGAUGUGGCAGGCCAGGAUGAAGACAGCUUUUUUCCUGUUUGUCCUGGCUGAGAACAUGGAGAAGGAACAGCAGGCCCGUCUCUAUGAGCUUUGUUACAAUCUGUAUUGUCAAAUAGUGGAUACCCAGGUAGACUACCCAGCAAACUGGGAUAAGAACCUGGCUCUUGCCGCAGAACGUCUGCUGCGAUCAGGGGGCAGAGGUCAUGGUCUAGAUUCCCUCCUGAGUCGCAGCAUCCGCCACUUCAGCCACUACCUUCAGAGAGAACCCACCGAUCCCCAGAGCAAAGCCAUCCGCUCCAUCAUCACACAUCUCAAGAAAGAGCACGAGAAACUCAGAGACAGACAGAAGGCUUGAGACAGGAAGUGACAUAAGUUGUCUGAAACAACACAGAGAGCCUUCAAAACACUGAAAUUACCUACGGCACUACAUAGGUGCAGAUAGCACAAUAAGGUAAGAGGGAGGGUCGUAAAUAUGAAGAAAGCUGUAAAGACGAAAUUUAAAGACAGUGCAGGUAUGACUGAAGACUGUAACUGAUGUUUAAUGUGUAUUUUACCAACACUCAGAUUAAUCUCAAAGUAAAUUGGACUCAAAAUGCUAAAAUGGACCAAUCUGUCAUAACAUGAGUUUUAUACAGAGAUCUUUUAUAUUGUAGGAUAUGAGCUACUGAUCCAUAACCACAUCAUUGUAACAUCAGAGUAAGCUGUUAAUUUAGUUGACAGACAUUAUUUCAUUAACAAGAUGAUAUAGUGGCCGGUUAUAAAAAUCAGGGAUUCAUUUAUAUUUCCUCAACAUGCUAAACUCAAACAUCUACGACUCCAAGAUUCAAGAGAAUUUCCACAGUGAAGGUAAAGGGACACAAUUUUCUGAACUCUAAUAGAAUUUGUUGUAUUUGUGUAGGUUUCUUUUGUAAUAAAAUGUUCACACUUUGUGAAUGUUAAUAUGCAUUGAGUUGAUAAUCAAAGGUGUCCUUAACCACUCAUUCCGCCUCUCCCCAUCUCUCUUUUUUGAAUAAUUAUCAUUUGCCACCCGCUGUCAUGCAUCUCUCUCUCUCUCACUUUAGGAUCACAAAGGUCUCAGAUUGAGAUUGAGGGGGGUGGGGGGUAAAUUUGGGCACAUCCAUGAGAGAUUAAGAAUGACCCAUUAAUCUGGGACAGAUUUGAAAA